GAUCGCGCGCCGAGACGAUCAGGCGUCGCCGGCGCGGGUGCGAACUCGCGGAACGCACCGUCGACGCGUAGUCGCGCUCGCCCUCGGCGUGUUCGCCGAGUGGAAACGCGCGCACGGUGAAGAGUUCCCGCGCGGCGCGCGCGCCUGGAGGCGCUCGCCGCGCGCGCCGUUCGUGGGUUACCCAAACACGUCAGGUUCCCGAACGCGUGGAAGCCGACGAGCGCGGCGACGACGCGCCGUCUCGCGUACGCCGUGGGUCUGGACACGCGCGCGCGGCGGGAGCGAGCGCGGCGGAGAUCAAGGGGAAACAGUGCACCUCACACGGCGCGGCCAUGUUCGAUCCGUCCAAAGAGCGCUACGCCGUGUUCGAGCGGUGCCUCACGGACGCACGGAUGAAGACGAUCCGUCGAGAAAUCAUCGACGCCAACCCUCGACCGACGCGCGCGAAGCGAAGGGCGGGGCGUGGACGAAGAGUCGCUGGACGCACGUCGUGAACGCGCGCGGGGAAGCGCCCGAGACCUCGCGUCGGUUCCAUCCGUACUGCGGCGCCGCGCUGAAGCGCGCGGGCGUCGCGCAAGGGGUGGCUCUUGAGCGGGUUGAAGGAGAGCGGCGACCGACGCGGCGCGAGCGUCAUCUAUUGCCACUCCCCGAAGGGCGAGAGCAAGACGAAGCGCCAAGACUGGCACACGGAUCUCGACGGUCGAAAGUGUUCCGACCAUAAGCAGAUCUCGAUGAUCGUGUCGAAGCCGAUACCCAUGAACGCGACCAAGGCAACGGACUUCGUGCCCGUGCCGAACGGCGCCGUCGUAUUUUUUCGAGGCGAUCACGUGCACGCGGGCAUGUGCGGCACGGGGUGCGCGCUGUUUCGAAUACACAUGUACUGCGCGAACGUCGAGUACGAGAAGGACGUCGUCCCGGACGCGGACCGGGUGUGCUUUAUGACAGAAGGAUAG